AUGAAUCAUCCAUUCCAUCCUGAAUUUUGUCAUGAACGGCAAGGUGCUGUUGAUAAUAUGGAUUAUCGGAAAGAAAUCAGUUCAUGGAGAGCAAAUUCAAUCAAUGAAGUGAUUUAUUAUAUUAAGAAAUUAUCCAUGGACAAGAACUUGAUUGAUCGUGCAUGGAUAGUCUUUUAUUGGGUUUCACAAAAUAUAAAAUAUGAUGUGAUAUCUUACCUUAGUGGAUUUAUACGUCAUCAAACCGCGGAGGAUAUUUUCCGUCAUAAACGAGGUGUUUGUGAUGCAUAUGCUACUAUUUUCAAAGCACUCUGUGAUGGUGUACAGUUAGAAUGUGAAAAAAUAAGUGGUUUUGCGAAGGGAUACGAUUAUAUUCCAAAGCAAUCAACAUUCACCACAGCUAAUCAUGCAUGGAAUGUGAUACGGCUUAAUAGUCACUGA